UCUAUUAUUGAAGAUGUGAAGAAGGCUAUUGACCUUCUACAUGAAAAGGAUUUCGUGUUUGGAGAUCUUCGCGCUCCAAACGUUCUUAUUGUCGACACAAAUGAUGGUCAGCGGGCGGUUCUCGUUGACUUCGAUUGGUGUGGAAAGGACAAGUUGGAUGAGUAUCCAUCAUCAAUGAAUAAGAAAAUACAGUGGCCUAUCGGAGCAGAACCGUGCGCCUUGCUACAAAAAGAACACGAUCUUUAU